AUGGGACAUAAUGUCAUCUUUAUGUUGUCGGCAAUGGUCUACUUGCUUAUCAACAUUGUUACAUCUCUAAAUAGCUCCACUGAUGAGUAUGCUCUUCUAGCUUUCAAAUCUCAAAUAACUUCUGAUCCAAAUAAAAUCUUGGCAAAAAAUUGGUCACAAGGAACCUUGUUCUGCAAUUGGAUUGGCAUUACUUGUGGCAGGAGACAUCAAAGAGUUAGGGAGCUGAAUUUAGCAGAUAUGGGUCUAGGAGGUACUAUUGCUAAAGAAAUUGGUGAACUCUCUUAUUUGAGAUCCUUAAUUAUUAGCAAUAAUAAUUUUCAUGGGUUUAUCCCUAAUGAAAUUGGUAACCUCAGCCAGCUUCAAGAAAUAGAGAUGCAGCAGAAUGAGCUAACUGGUUCUAUUCCACCAACUUUUGAGUUUCUUGAAAAUCUUUCGAAAUUAAAUAUCUCCCAUAAUGGACUCACCGGAAAUAUUCCUAACGGGAUUUUCAACCUCACUUCUCUGAUUGAAACUAGUUUUGGAAGCAAUAAUCUCUCAGGAAGUCUACCCAUGGAUAUUUGCUUCAAUCUUCCAAAGCUAGAGACGUUAAGGAUUUCAGCGAAUCAAAUGGGUGGCGACAUUCCUCCAAGCUUGGGAGCUUGCAUGAAUCUUAAACUACUUUCUCUGUCGUACAAUAAUUUUUCCGGAAGCAUUCCAAUGGAAAUCGGGAAGUUGUCAAAGCUUCAAGUUCUCUAUCUCGGAGCAAAUAAUUUGAUAGGAAAUAUUCCAAAUGAAAUUGGAAACCUAUCGGCACUUGUAUAUCUAGAUUUUGGCCACAACGGUUUCAAUGGUACGUAA